AUGGCUUCUCGAUGGCAAGGCAUGGGCAUGUCCACGCGCCGCAGAUCGCUCCAAGACCAGAAGCAGCUGGAGGAGAGCCCAGUGGGGCAGCCCGCAGCUGUCCAUCUGGAGAGCUCCGGAAGCACCCUGGACUCCCUGUGCAGACAGUUCCAGAGGAGGCUGCCCCUCCGAACGGUUAGCCUCAACCUCGGGGCGGGUGCCUCCUGGAAAAGCCUGGAAUAUCCAGAACCAGGGCAACAGGGCCUCCACGCUGCAGCGCGCUCAGCCAAGAAUGCCUUGGGUGCCAUGUCCCAGAGGAUCCAAGAGUCUUGUCAAAAUGGCACCAAGUGGCUGGUGGAAACCCACGUGAAAGCCAGAAGGAAGAGGGGGGCCCAGAAGGGCGGAAGCCCCCCUCCUCGUAGCCUGAGCCGGAGGAGCACUCGGCUGCUGGGAGUGCCCCCUGCCUACUCAGCCCUGAACCCCUGUGAAAGGAAGCACCACAACCUCUCGGCUCAGAGGGGCCCACGGGCCCCCCACCUGCGGCGGUCCAGGAGGGAGGCUGCCUUCCGGAGCCCCUACUCUUCAACAGAGCCCCUCUGCUCCCCCAGUGAGUCUGACAGUGACCUGGAGCCUGUGGGGGCAGGACUUCAGUGCCUCCGAAAGCUGUCCCACAAGUUGAACGAAGCCAUUGUGGCUGAAGACAGUGGCGACCUGACCGCUUGUCUCAUUCAUGACUGA